AUGCGACACCGCCUGGCAGCGCUGCGCGCGCGCCUCGCGCUCGUCGCCACGGCCACCGCACGCGCGCACCCGUGCGUCGCCCGCGCCCCGGAUCUCCCUGCCUCCUCACUCGCACGCCUCCGCGCUCAACGCGGCCGCGUCCACUCCGAUGUGCGCGCCGCCAAUGCCCCUCUCACGCGCCCGCGCUCGGCUGCGCUUGCCCGCACCCGCCGCCGCGCCCCGGCGCCCCUGCGACUGCUCCUCUGCCGCCCGCUCGUCGACCCCGCAAGCUCCCGCGCCCGCGACCCCUCCUCCUUGCGCUUGAUCGCGCCCAUCACGCGCCCAUGGCCGCGCGCGCUCGCGCCGUCCGCAGCCGCUGCUGCCCUUCCCCAUCCCCGCCGCAGCUAUUGUCGCCGCCCCGCGUCGUGGUCUUGCUCGCCACCGCGCCCGGUGCUGCUCGCCGCACUGCCCCGCUCCGGCUGCCGCGCCCCCUCCCGCCACGACACCACCUCUGACUGCCGCCCCACGGCUCUGCCCAGCACUUGGCCGCGCCCUCUCCGGUCCCAGCCGGCGCCUCUCCGGCGCCCCCCGCGGUGCCCCAUCGGCCUGCUCCCGGGCUCCCCCAAUCGGGCGCCCAAUCGGAUCGGGGCUCACGCGCCCCCGCUUGAUCUGGACGCUGCCUGGCGCUACUCGACACCGUCCUCCUCGUCGACACCGUCGCCGGAGCCCCGCGCCGGCCUGCCUCCUCUCCGUCACACCGUCCCCGUCGACCACCCCGACACCCGCUGCCCCGAACCCUACGACCCGCCGUCAGCCUCGCUCCCUCCCCUCUCCCUCGCGCGACACCGCCUGCCAGCGCUGCGCGCGCGCCUCGCGCUCGUCACCACGGCCACCGCACGCGCGCACCCGUGCGUCGCUCGCGCCCCGGAUCUCCCUGCCUCCUCGGUCGCACGCCUCCGCGCUCACCGCGGCCGCGUCCACUCCGAUGUGCGCACCCCCGAUGCCCCGCUCACGCGCCCGCGCUCGGCUGCGCUUGCCCGCACCCGCCGCCGCGCCCCGGCGUACCUGCGACUUCUCCUCUGCCGCCCGCACAUUGACCCCGCAAGCUCCGGCGCCCGCGGCCCCUCCUCCUUGCGCUUGAUCGCGCCCGUCACGCGCCCAUGGCCGCGCGCGCUCGCGCCGUCCGCAGCCACUGCUGCCCUUCCCCAUCCCUGCUGCAGCUACUGUCGCCGCCCCGCGUCGUGGUCUUGCUUGCCCCCGCGCCUGGUGCUGCUCGCCGCACUGCCCCGCUCCGGCUGCCGCGCCCCCUUCCGCCGCGACACCACCUCCGACUGGCGCCCCACGGCUCUGCGCAGCACUUGGCCGCGCCCUCUCCGGUCCCAGCUGGCGCCUCUCCGGCGCCCCCCGCGGUGCCCCAUCGGCCUGCGCCCGGGCUCCCCCAAUCGGGCGUCCAGCGCCCGCGCCUGGCUCCGCCCUGCUGCCGCUACGCCCGCCCGACCCGCUAAGGCCACAGGGGCCUAUGACAUGCCCCCUUGUGCCAAUGACGGGUGGGCCAUCCCCAGAACGAUUUUAAAGAAAAAAUAA